AUGACAGGGUCAGGGGGAGAAAAUGCAGAUGGAAAAUGGAGUGAGGAAAAGACUGAUGGAGGAGAGAGUGUGAGGACAGUGGUUUGUCUUAGAGGAAGAUUGCUUGCUGAAAGAAUAGCUUCAAGAAAUGCAAAAAUGGAGGCUGAACACUUGGGAAACAAGUUAAUUGAGCUGGAAAAUCUGUUGAAAAAAGAAGGCAAAUCAAGAAACAGGGCAGAGAAGAAGCUAAAAUCCCUAAUGAAAAAGCUUGAAUCCAAAAACAUUUCAUAUGAUUCAUCUGAAUCAGGCUUACUGGAUAGGAGUGACAUCACCUCUACAUCGUCAUCAUCUACAGCCUCUUCAAAAUCUGAAGAUAAAAUUUCGAAAAUUUCCCCAAUGAAAGAUUUUCCAGUGUGUUCAGUGGAGAAUAGCAAGUUACCAAUAGAGUUUGAUCAUUUGAAACGCAAUGAUUCCCAACCAAGUAUAUCCAGUGAAAGCCAUGGCAGCCCAGUAACUAAAAAGAACUGCACCUCAAGUGAACUGGAUAUCAAGCAAGGUCAUCACCGUCGAGGGACCGAAGCCGAGAGAUUCCCCUGUCCAGUCUUUAGAGCUGAUCCUUUUCUCGAAGUUAUGGAUCCAUGGUGUCAGAAUUCAGGAAGGACCAGUGAGUUUGAGUACAAUCAGAAUUAUAAUAUUGCAAGUACAGACGAGAGCGUGUACCCUUCUGCAGAAGAGGAGGUGAACCAAGAAAAUGAUCAAGAUCCAGAAAAGUACCAACAAAAUGAUGAAGAUGAGGAAAAUCAUGUAGAUAACUCGCUGGCAUUAGUCCUGGUCGAGAAGCAAGAGACGAAGCAAACCAUUGAUCCAGAGGUUCUUGAUGCUACUGUGAAAGAAGUGCUUGAUGCUUUAAGGCAUGCUAAAGAACAACUUCAAAGCUCAAUGGAGAGAAGACGUAGACACACGAACAUGAUUAAAGUUGGCUAG